AUGCUCGGCGUUCUGCUCGAGACGCUGCCGGGGGAAUCUGACAGCGUGAGCGAGGCGGUAGAGGCGGGUGAUAGCGCGGGUGAUAGCGCGGGCGACAGCACGGGAUUGGGUGGUGUAGUGUAUUUGCUGGUGCGAGCGGUGCACAGACUACGCCUCCCGCUACUCCUUGACGCUCUCUUCAAAACACUGAUACUCAUCGUCGUUAAAUUGGCUGACGUCAUUCUCGCACUCGUCUCUCCGCUCGCUAUCCCGCUGCUGCUCGUACCGCGUGUAUCUAUCUCAACGGCCAGUCUCAGUCUGACGUGGCUGCCGCUAUACCAGUUGCUGGGCGGGUGCGCGUGUGUGGGCGCUGUGAUUGGAUUCGGCGCGCGAUACCUGGCAAGAAUGUAG